AUGGGCACUUCUGUUUUUGCAUCUUUGUCUUGCCUUUUGACUGUAUUUUUUGCAUGGAAGCCACUUCUAGUCUUUGAGAUAACGCGACCAAAGAACAAGAGAUCAAAAAGGGGAAUUACACUCGGAUGGCAGGCCUUUGGCAAAGCGAGCGCAAUCUUCAAAAACAAAAGAAUUUCCAUUGGUCCUAAAACCCACAAGUUUAUGAUCAAUGCAUCACACCCACGAUUUACCUACGGGGCUGAAACUUGGAAUCUCACGAAAAAACAACUCCUCAAGCUUAGAUCCAUGCAAAGACCCCACAAGAGAAUUAUGCUCGGCGUCACAUGGCGCGACCACAUACCAUCUGCGCAAAUCCGCGAGCAAACUAAAAUCAGAGAUAUCCUCUAA